AUAAUAAACAUAUUUAUUGUCGUUAGGGAGAACUUUAGAAAAAUGGAUUCCAGUAAUCAAGGAUCUUUAUCAUUACCUGCAUCCAGAGAAUCGGAACAUAGCUUGGAAUACAAAAAUAAUAACCAAAAAAAUGAUUUUAAAUAUGAAAGGACCAAAGAAGAGUUAUUUGAUAAUGAAAUCAUGUUACCAAACCGGUCAGUAAAUAAUGUAAAGGAACGACGUGAGAGCAAGGAUAAGAAUAGAAAGGAACUUGAAGAAGAAGAGCGUGAAAAAAUGCAAGUAUUAGUAUCAAAUUUCACAGAGGAUCAAUUAGAUAGAUACGAAAUGUAUAGAAGAGCUGCGUUUCCUAAAGCAGCUAUAAAACGAAUUAUGCAAACUAUUACCGGAUGCUCCGUGUCGCAAAACGUAGUCAUUGCUAUGUCUGGAAUAGCUAAAGUAUUUAUUGGUGAAAUUGUUGAGGAAGCUUUAGAUGUUAUGGAAACGCAUGACGAGACUGGACCCCUACAACCAAAACACUUAAGAGAAGCUGUUCGAAGACUGAGAUUAGAAGGGCAAAUACCUCAUGGAAGAGCUCAAAAAUUAUUCUUCAGACUCUGAAAAUUCCAUAAUUACAUACUUAUAUUCAUUAUAUUUCACUUUUUUAUCAUUGAUAUCAGUGUGCAAUAUUUAAU